AUCACUCCACCACCCCCACCACCUCUCUCUCUCUCUCUCUCUCUCUCUCUUCUCUCUCUCUCUCUCUCCAUUGCUGAGAGCUCCCUCCGCUUCUCCAUCCAAUCACACGGUCUAGUCUCUCGACGAUCAGUAGCUAGCAGGCAGGCAGCAAUGGCGACGCGCGGGGAUGUGGAGAAGGGCGGCGUGAAGAAGGAGGCCGGCAAGGUGCCGUCGCCGCUGUACCCGCAGCACGAGGGGGAGCGGGAGUGGGUGCCGUGGAUCGUGCCCGUCUUCUUCGUCGCCAACAUCACCGUCUUCGUCAUCACCAUGUACGCCAACAACUGCCCCGCCCACACCACCGCGCGAGAUGGCAAGUGCAUCGGACGCUUCCUCGGCCGGUUCGCCUUCCAGCCGCUGCGCCAGAACCCGCUCCUCGGACCAUCCUCCGCCACGCUCACCAAGCUUGGGGCCCUUGUUUGGCAGAAGGUGGUGCACGAGCACCAGGGCUGGCGCCUCCUUUCCAGCAUGUGGCUGCACGCCGGUGUCGUGCACCUGGUGGCCAACAUGAUCAGCCUCCUCUUCAUCGGCAUGCGCCUGGAGCAGCAGUUCGGAUACGUGAGGAUUGGUGUGGUCUACCUCCUCUCCGGCCUCGGCGGCAGCGUCCUGUCGUCCCUGUUCAUCCGCAACCACAUCUCCGUGGGCGCCUCGGGCGCCCUGUUCGGCCUCCUGGGCGCCAUGCUCUCGGAGCUCCUGACCAACUGGACCAUCUACACCAACAAGGUGGCCGCCGUGCUGACGCUCCUGUUCGUGGUGGCGGUGAACAUGGUGCUGGGCAUCCUCCCGCACGUGAACAACUUGGCCCACAUCGGCGGCUUCCUCACGGGGUUCCUGCUGGGGUUCGUGGUGCUCAUGCGCCCGCACUUCGGCUGGAUGGAGCGCUACGGCAUGCCCGCCGGCAGCAACUGCACCUCCAGGAAGUACCUCCUCUACCAGUGGAUCCUCAUGGCCAUCGCCCUCCUCCUCCUCGUCAUCGGAUUCGCGGUUGGCAUGGCGAUGCUCUUCCGCGGCGCCAACGCCAACGACAGCUGCUCCUGGUGCCACUACCUCAGCUGCGUGCCCACCGCCAGAUGGACAUGCACCAACUGAUCGAUCCACGAGCAAGAUACAUAACACGAGACAGAUUCAUUUUCCUCCAAUUUUUCUUACCACAUCCAGCGGCGUUACACACAUGUUCCUUCCGGGCACUGUAGAUAGCGUAAAGAAAAAAGAAGGCACUCGAUCUUGAUGGGUUAUUGUGAACUGUAGAGUUCUCGUUCAGAUCUUAUCUCUUGUUUCAUUUGAUUCAUUCUUUACAUAAUGCAAUGCAGUGAAUUAUUGAGGUUUGGAAUCUCC